GUAGCAGUGCGAAGAGUUAAUGAACGGUCGCGCGCGUCUCUUUUGUUUGGUAAUUUUUAUAGCCAUUUGGUCGAGCGAAAAAAAAGUAGAGCCAAAACAGAAAUAAAGAAGAAGAAGCAGAACAAGCUGUGUUGAAGCUUGAUUAGUGUAUGAACCGGCGCUGGAAUAAAUAAAACCAUUGCUAAUGAAAAAAGAAGAGGAAGCAUGCAUGUAAAUUGUGAAAUGCCGACGCGUUUUUUGACGACGCGUUUUACUUAAUCUGCCAUAGCGAGUAUAUUCUUACAUUUUGAAUGAAACGCUUAGCGCAAAGCUCGUUGCUUAUGUAAAACUGAUUGACGCGCUGCUGUUGACAGCCACAAUCGCGCGUUUUGAUUUAUUUGUGUACAUAUUAGUGUUGAUACAAUCCAAAAAAUUGUUAAUAUGCUUUCAAGUGAACUAAAGAGGCAGUGCAGUAAUAAAUUUGUGAGCGAGUGAUUGCCGACGGCCUCUUAUUUUAUCCUAAAAAAAAACAAAUUAAGGAGUCUUAAUCUUAAACCAAAUUAAUCAACUAAAGCGCUCUAUGUACGCGCUUGGCACACAUUUGUUAGCUGCCACUGUCAUUAGCAGCAACAACGAACUUCAACAGCUCAAUGUCCACUGUCGCGAGCACACGCACAACGCUCACACAACAAGUGCUGCCAAUAAACGUGACGCCAGCGUCGCCGCCACCAGCUAUAGUUGUCAACUCAACGGAAUCAGGAGUGUCAUCGAGUACGUCAAAUCAAAGCAUAUACGCUUUAGCGCCACUUUCACACAAACACAACCAAACGCCAUUAUUCGAACAGCUGUGCGCGCUGCGUCGACGUCGCGUCGUCGAUAUGCAUCCAGAUUGUAUGCUGCUGCAAGCGCAUGGCGUAACAAGUCCGCGCUUAAGCCCAAGCGUUACGGUUUUGGCAGGUGAAAAACGUCGGGAUCACACUGGCACAAUGUCCAUGGAUGCGACAUCAGUAGACGAGAUAAAAAAUAUGUGUGAUGAUUCAAACGACUCAACGGAUGAGAUGGAUGUGGUGGGUGAUGACGAGAUUGACGAAGGUGGGCGUUUACGUGAAAUAAAUGAAUUAGAAGCUAAGACGGCAGCAGCGCGCUUAAGUGGUGCCACAACACCGCACUGUGUCGACGAAGUGGACGAAACAGGCGAGGAAGACGAUGCCUUGAGUCUCUGUAGUGAGGAUAGUGAAUUAUCUGUUGGCCAGGAGGUAGGCGGCAAUACUAAUGUUCGCACAGUCUCAAAUUUUUGUGAUUAUACGCAGCAACGCCGCUUACUGCUCAGCAAUGUUGGCAGCAUGAUGGCGUUGUGCGCGCCGUCGGCGUUUAGCAGUGUGCAAGCGCCUGCAUCCGCUUGCGGUGAUGGCAGUGAUGCGCGUUCAAGUGCAUCUACGGAUGACAACACUUUACAGCAGCUGGACGAUGAGAGUAUUGGCAGCAGCACUGGUAAUGCGUUGCAGUCGAUACCGGCGCCGCUGACGCCACAAUCGCCACCACAAACCACCAGCGCCAUAUUGGAUCCAUAUGUGGUGGCCAACGCGCUACGCAUGCCUGUGCCGGUGUUGCCCCGCGCUGCCAACCAUACAUCUGCCUUUCAAUCGGAGCUUAUGCGUAAGUCACACAUGUACGCUGAGGAGUUGAUGAAACAGCAAAUGCAAUUUAUGGCUGCGGCGCGUGCCAGCGCGUUUACAUUGCGCGGUGAAGCAAUAGCGCCGGAUCGACGCGCCUUUGCGCGCAUGCCAGCAACGCCACAGCAAAUGUCCAAUUUUGUCGGCAUACAAUCGCAGCUGACGGCUAUUACAAAAAUGUCACAAUUAAGCGCUGCUGCUGCAGCAGCGGCUGUUGCUGUUGCAGCGGUGGCCAACAAUACCCAAACUUCGCAGCAGCAGCAGCAACAACAACAAAACAAAUCGCAUUUGUCUAGCAACGCGGAUGCAUUAAGCAAACUGAGUGCUUUAACAAGCGCGCACACUCAACUCUCCCCCUCAACCGCCAGCGCUGUAUCAAGUCUGAGUCAGCUGCAAGCGCAAAUGCAAGCGCACUUCCCGUACGCGCACAGUAAUCACCUCAACAAUAAUAACCUCAACAAUAACAAUAAUAAUCUCAAUGAACCUGCGCUAAAAUUUAGUAUUGAUAAUAUUUUAAAAGCUGACUUUGGCCGGCGGCUAGCGGAGGGCGCUGCUUGUAUGGCUGCGUGUAAUAAUAUCACACGCGCUGCCAAAUGCAGUGGUAGUAAUAGUAACAGCAAUAGUGCUUUGCAGCGGGCACGUAAGGCAGCCAAUGCUUUAGCCACUGGCUCAGUUAGCGGCAACUCAGCGCUCGCUAUCGAUCUAACGCAUCUCAAUGCAGCGGCGUCUACCGCAACAACGACAUCAGCUUCAACGGCAACUUUAAACUUCUCACACACACUCGCAAAUAUUUGUACAAAUAGCAGCGAUUCGUCUAGUACUGCGGUGAGCAGUAGCUUUGGCGGCGUCUCUGAGCAUGCCAAGUCACCUGCCGCUGCGACGGCGGGUAAUGGUGAUUUUAGCGCCUCAGCGUCGAAGUGCGCGGCGACAGAGCUCAGCGCAAAGGUGGUAGAGGACACAACAAAUAGCGGCGGUAGUAGCACCGCUGCUAAAUCCAGCGGUACUGGUGCGAGCGGCAGCGGACCUAUUGUAUGGCCUGCGUGGGUGUAUUGCACGCGCUACAGCGAUCGACCCAGUUCAGGACGAAGUCCACGUACACGGAAGCCCAAGAAAUUGACCGGUGAGAAGAGUACUGGUGGCAGCGGUGUUUCGAGUGGUAGCGGAAGCGGUGGUAGUAGUGCUGCCACAGCUGAGGAUAAACGACCGCGUACGGCGUUCAGUGGCUCGCAAUUGGCGCGUUUGAAGCAUGAAUUCACGGAAAAUCGUUACCUGACGGAAAAACGACGCCAACAACUAAGCUCCGAGUUGGGUCUGAAUGAAGCGCAAAUAAAAAUUUGGUUUCAAAAUAAGCGAGCGAAACUGAAAAAGUCUAGCGGCACGAAGAAUCCUUUAGCACUGCAAUUAAUGGCACAAGGACUUUACAAUCAUUCGACGGUGCCACUGACGCGCGAAGAAGAAGAAUUACAAGAGUUACAAGAGCGUGAAAAUGCAGCAGCGGCGGCGGCGGCGGCAGCGGCACCUGAGGCAAGAAGUGGCGGUGCUGGUACGACAACAGUGACAACCGUCUCCACAUAGGAUUGUUAGGUGCUGCCGGAGGUUCUUUAAAGUGUAUACAGGAAAAUCAAAAUUAUUUAAACAAAAGAACAACGAAAACAUUUUAUUUAAGUAAAUUAUACGAAAAAAAAAUAUAAACUUUGUAGAUAUAAAUAUAAACAAAUUUAUUUGUAAGUAAAAUAUUUGUGAAAUUAAUAUACCAAGCCAGUGUUGGAAUUUGUCACUAUUUUUGAUGGUUUUGACAGCUACUUUUGCCUCAAAUGAAGUAAUUAGUGUUUAACAAUU